CAGUCAUGAGCUGGACCUCCUCUGGUCUCAAAGAAAAUGAGCGAAACUCAAACAACUUGGUAGUUCUCGGUUGCACCUCCGUCCAUCGGGUUCUAACCAUUACAUUUGCUCGGGCGAGACUCAAUUACUUCAAUCCCUUUAUUUAUAUUUUAAAAGGUGAAAAGGCUCCACGGUAAUUUCUGUAAGUGCCUGUUCAAAGCAACUAAGUUACUAAUGAGUGCUAAACGGGUGAGAGGUCCAGCAGCAAACCGACGCAGCAGCAGAGCUCCGGUCAGGAAGAACGCGGUAAACCGAGUCCCCGCAUCCAGCAGGGUUUUGGCCGAGAGGAACCCCGCAGUGGUAGCUGUAGGAGCCUGGGUCGAAGAGGGACAGGAUUUCCCGGAACACCCGUCGGCUCUUGCUUUGCUGACUGAGGAGCUGCAGGCAGAGAAGAAAAGAAUAAAUGAAGAAAGCCUUAGACGAUUUCAAGACGAAGUGCGCCGCCGUCUGGCAAAACGAGCACAAGUCUGCGAGAAGGGACAACAACUUCAUCCAAAUGCCGGGGUAAACCCUGAACGAUCAAUUCAGUAUUAUCAGAUACGGCCUUGGCGUUUGUCUGCCAGUGAGAAACAGAGGAUCUCUGAAGGGCCGGAUGAAGGCACGAGCAAGGUCAGACUUAGACUUGCUGCCUGUCGACUCACCCAGGAGGGGGAAACGGCAUCAGAGCUUCCCGGAGACAGAUGGAAGAUCUCUCCGACCAGACAUGAAGUUGAAUCUCCUAUGAGGAGAACAGAGGAGGAGGUUCUCGGUCAACAUGAAUGUCCUCUUGUUCAACAGAAGAUGAGUGGACAUGGCCAUUCAGAUCAGGCUAAAUCAAAUCCUGAUCCAGGUUUUAAGCCCACAACCCCUCUGGUUUCCUGGCCUCUAACUGAGCAACAGGAAUUAAAAAAACAGCGACAGUUUCAGUUCCUGAUGCACCGACGUCUGGCCAUGAGCACCGAACGAGAACAAGUGAAGGAAAACAGACAGCACAGGAAACACCUGCAGAGGUCGGCCAGGAUCAAAGCAGAGAAAGAACAGAUUCGUCUGGAGGAAGAGAAAAGAUUGGAGGAAGCCCAGCAGCUGGCAGAAGCCAGACACAAUCUGGAGGAGCGAGAGCUUCUGAUUCUAGAGCGACUGCAGCUGGAGGAAGAGGAGAGAGCCGCCCUUCUGCAGAGCAGAAAACAAGAAGAAAGGAAGAGAGGUGGAAGGUUUGUCGAUGCUCUGAGGGCUCAGAUGAAGGAGCGUCUGUCUCAGUUGAAGUUGGAGCCCCCCCCUCUGUGCUGCUGUGCAUCCUCUUUCUGGGACUCCCACCCUGACACUUGCGCCAACAACUGUGUCUUCCACAAUAACCCCAGAGCGUAUGCCCGGGCUCUACAUUCAACAAUGCUGAGUGUAGAUCUACAGUGAAGGGACCUGAAAGCUGCAUACUGUCUAAGACCAGAACAACUAGUUAUUCUAGUUGUGCUGCUGCUCAGUACGUGUCAUGGGGCAGUCAGGGCCAUGAAUUGCAUAAAAAAAUGCUUUAUUCCUUUUACAUAUUGUCUCUUUAUUUCUGAAAACAUUUUUCUCAUAUUGUGACAUUUUAAAAAUACUGAUUAUUAGCUUUUUCCUUAAGAGUUAUUUCAGUUUUACGGAGGUAGUAAUACUUUUAUGAGUGAGAAUGCCCUUAUCCGUGUGAAUUUUCUGAUAUCUGGAAGAAACUUGUAGAUGUAGGGUUGUUGUUUUUUUGCCAGCCUUAGUCAAACUCGAUGCAUUUGUGCUGAUAAGCAAAACUAAAUUUACAACAUCAGCUCUCUGACCUGCUGAUAUAAGCUCUAAUGAUACCCAAGCAGCCUCAGAAACAAAACAAGACAUGACAGCUUGACCUUUUUCUUUUAUUUUGAAAUAUUUCACCAUGGUUUGGGCUGUAAUUACAGUUAUCUUUUGUAUUUGACACUGGGCUCACGCAGCACAUUUAGAGUUUGCUGUUUGCUUUAGUGAUUUUUAAGAAGCUAUUCUCAGGUAGACCUGCUUUAGUUUUUUGGUCUUUUACACUGUUUUUUUUAUUGUAAAUCCUAUUGAUCAAAGGAAAUAUUUAUUUACCUUUUAGAAAUAUUUUAUUUAUUUUUAUUUAACCUUUAUUUUGCCAGGAGGAUGGGUUGAGAACAAAUUCCCAUUUACAAUGAAAACCUGGUAAAUCAAAUGCUGCAUGUCGCACAAACUUUCUCCAAAUGGCAAUUGUGAUUCUCAGAGUAAAAAGUUGCUUAAUCUCUUGCUGCAUUGAUAUAAAUUUGUGUAAUUUUAUCAAGUUUAAAAAACGACUUUACACCAUUAUCUGUAACUUUCUAGUCAUAAGCAUGGUGUUAGAGUUACGUAAUUAUCAUUUGCUUAAAUGCUAUUCUCACCAUAAUGUGAUUGUCUCAGUUCCAUCUUUCAGUAAGAAAACUAAGACGUGAGAAGUGCUGACUAUAUAAGAUAUGAUGUUCCUGUACUGUCUAAUUGAAUGGCCCACUUUUAUGUUCUCAACCCUGGCCACCAAUAAAACCAGACUGGAUACACUGGGAAGGCAGAACUCCUCUGACAGACGGGCUUUCCCUUCUGCAGAAGUCUAGCAAAAACUCUCAUCUCCUGUGUGGUUCUUCUCUUUAUUAAGGAAAAAGUCAGAACCCUGACACAAGUCACAGGGUUUCUAUCCCUAUCUUCUAUUAAAAAAUGUAUAUCUAGUGCUUGAUUUUUGUUUGACCUACAACUCAGACAGGUUGGACAUUUUCUUGUGUUUAGUGUCUAGUUUAGCGUCUCUGUGUCUAGUUUGGGUCUUUAAUCCAUUUUCACUGUUGCAGUGUUUCUACUGAGUGCAACUGAUAAAACUUCUGAAGACAAUUCCCAUUGUGCCUUAUUUCAGCACAAUAUGUUGCACUAUUAUUACGUUGAAUUGUGGACUUACUGUAGCAAAUGUGCCAUUGGUUUCCCUUAGUCACUCCACAAUAGCAUUAACAAAUGAAUAUCUUAAAGACGCAAUCCGAUGAAAGUUUUCUCUUUGAUGUUUUUAACAUGUUCUAGUGACACUUUCUGAUGAUGGAGGACAUGUAUAAAAUUUAGG